AUGAACGCCGGACAGCAGACAACGAGGCGAUUGGCCUCACGAGCCGGUCAAUCAAUAUGUCGCUCAUGUAGAGACACCGUCGCCCGCACAUAUGCAUCUGCUGCCGCCGCGGCUGUCCAAACCGAGGACCAAGUUGCCCAACACAUUCCUCCCGUUGCCCAGGUAUCGCCGUCAACAUCCUACGCCGUCAACGCAGGUGUCGUCUUGUCCCGCCCCCCGCAAAUAACACGCGACCUCCACCCUUUCGAAGCUGCCUUCUUCCUAUACCAACGACGAUUGAACGAACGACUUGCGCUACCCUUCACAAGAUACUUCUACGUAAAGAAGCGAACACCUGCAGACCUAGAAUGGAAACGGAAAAUGAAGCAACGGCUGACCCCCGCCCGCGACAUCGGACGAUAUCAAGGUUACGGAGACGAAGCAUGGAACGACGAGCUCCUCGUAGGAGCACAAGAGAGCGACUUUGAACACCAGGUUGGCAAGCUUAUCGAGGACGCUGAGCAAUCUGGCCUGGAGGACGCAUCGGACACCACUGGCGCAAAGAAGAUGGAGCGCGAGCCCGUAGAGAAGCCAAUGCCGAGGAUAACAGAAGCGGAUCAGAAGAACGACACAAAGAGCUUGAAUCGCGCGCUUCAGAGAACGCUAUAUCUGCUUGUUAAGAAUAAGGAGGGGCAAUGGCAGUUCCCACAGGAUCGCUUGAAGGAGGAGAAUCUGCACGGCGCAGCGAGUCGUAUCAUCACACACACCGGUGGCAUUAACAUGAACACUUGGCUGGUCGGCCACGUGCCAGUUGGUCAUCACCAGGUGGACUACCGCGAACCCAAGCCCACGGGCGACCUCAAGGAGUACGGCUCCAAGACCUUCUUCCUGAAGGCGCGCAUCAUGGCCGGCCAGGUCAACCUCAAGGAGAACAAGCUUGGUCUUCAAGACUUCAAGUGGCUAGCCAAGGACGAAUUGCAGAAGGAGGUAGACGGCAGCUACUGGCGGCAGAUCAAGAACAUGUUGGCAGAGCGAUGA